AUGGAGCAAGAGAUUUUCCCUAUGCCCUACCAUAAGUAUUGGGGCAUGUGGAAUGAGUUGUGGCGUGUGGCGGGAAACCGCGACACGAUCAGGCCUUACUCGCUGCGCGUUGGUGCAGGGUCUCUCCUCGAUGGCCCUCUGACUCCGGCCUUGCGCGGUCACCUUAUGUCAAAUACAACAGCUGUGUUUGAAUCGAGCUACCAGCCCGAGCAUAUACGCCAGGAGCUUAUGCCAAUCAUAUUUGGCACUGAUGCCGCAGGAGAACACCACUCACUCUUUCGCAGUCUUCAGCGCGCCACACUUCUCAGAGACGUCAAUGCACCCCUAUAUCCUACCGAAGAGGAUGAGAAAAGCCUACGACUACGUGAGAAUAUUACCAAGCUUACUUGGGAGUAUGAACAGGCGAAAGCAAGAUCCUCCUCUCCCGAUAUCAGUCGAGCUUAUGCUGCGCUGGCGAAUAGACGGAAACAGAUACUGGCCUUGAUGGUGGAAAAGCGGAGAGGUGAAGAUUUGGAAGAGGUGGAUCGACGCCGGGCGCUAGGCCAGUCGAUUGAAGAUAUCCCGAUACCCCGAGGCACCCCUCCUGCCCCCCAUCCUCACGACCAAGGAGGUUACGUGGGCAGAGCUUAA